AACUCCGCUAGGGUUUCCAAAUCAAAGGAACAGAGCAACAGCAGCAAACAUGGUUCUCAAGACGGAGCUUUGCCGAUUUAGUGGUGCCAAGAUAUACCCUGGGAAAGGCAUAAGAUUUGUGCGUUCUGAUUCUCAGGUCUUCCUCUUUUCGAAUUCAAAAUGCAAGAGAUACUUCCACAACCGUCUGAAGCCAUCAAAACUUACGUGGACAGCCAUGUAUAGGAAGCAACAUAAGAAGGACAUCGCCCAAGAGGCUGUUAAGAAGAGGAGACGUGCUACCAAGAAGCCUUACUCCCGAUCAAUUGUCGGUGCCACUUUAGAGGUUAUCCAGAAGAAGAGGAGUGAGAAACCUGAAGUCCGUGAUGCUGCCAGGGAAGCUGCACUCAGAGAAAUCAAGGAAAGAAUCAAGAAAACUAAGGAUGAAAAGAAGGCAAAGAAAGCUGAAGUAGCGUCAAAGCAACAGAAGACACAGGGAAAGGGUAAUGUUCCAAAGGUUGGCGCACCUAAAGGUCCCAAGCUCGGUGGCGGUGGCGGAAAGCGUUGAGUUGCUAAGUUAUUAUCUGUUUUUCCUCUGGCCGGAGAAAUAGGGUUAGCAUCAUGUUAAUUUUGAAGUCAAUUUAUGGAUUUAAUGGCAUUGGUGGCCAUAAUGUUUUUGCAUUUAUGAUUUUGGUAUGCUAUGAACUCGGUGUUAAAGUUGAGUGUUCAAGUGAUUUUAGAUUUUGUUUUCGUUUCA